UAUGUUUCUGGUGGAAGCAACUGGCAUGCGCAGCUCAAGACACAGAGGAGCACCUGGAACACGCUGCCAAUCCCUCCCUGCGUCUGGGCUCUCCUGUCUUCUCCUCUUUCCUGGUCGUGUCAUCCACUCGAGUGCUCACCCUCAUGGCGCGCUGUCUCACCAGGACCAAGCCCAGAGGUCCGUUCAUGGAGUGCGUGGAGGGGAAGGUCUCCUGCAAGAAACUCCUCAUCUGCCUGCUCUUCAGCUUCAUCAUCGGCCUCUGUUUCUUUGUUUCUCUUCAUCGGUUCGGGACUUCUGAGCCGGAGCGUUACAAUUCCAGUCCCUCUGCACGAAGAGCCCAUCCUAGAGAUAUCGGUGCCCCACCAAAGGGUGAGCGCAGGCUGACCAUCCUGCUGUGGACGUGGCCCUUUGGGCACCACUUUAACUUCAUAAACUGCUCAAAGGUCUACAAAACCCCGGACUGCCAUUUCACCGUCAACCGCAGCUGGUCCCAGAAGGCCGAUGCUGUGAUUAUGCAUCACGGGGAUGUGUGCAGGGAGAGGGAGAAGCUGGCCCAGGUCCCCAGGUUCCCGUUCCAGCGCUGGAUCUGGUUCAACCUGGAGUCCCCAAGUCACUCUCCGAACUUAGGUGCCAUGGACAACCUCUUCAACCUGACCAUGUCUUACCGGAGAGAUUCAGACAUCUUCACCCCUUACGGGGAGCUGCAGCUCCUUACCCAGCCCCAGCCCCUCAACAUCCCACCCAAGACCAAGCUGGUGGCCUGGGUAGUCAGCAACUGGAAAGCAAACUCCCCCCGGGUAAAGUACUACCAGGAGCUAAAGAAACACAUCACUGUGGACGUCUAUGGGCGGUACCACUUGCCCCUGCCCCGGGACAAACUCCUUCCCACUAUCUCCCAGUACAACUUCUACCUGGCUUUCGAGAACUCACAGCAUGAAGACUACAUCACCGAGAAGCUCUGGAGGAACGCCUUGUCCUCUGGCACUGUCCCUGUUGUGCUGGGGCCUCCUCGAGAAAACUACGAGCGUUUCUUGCCCCCUGACUCCUUCAUCCACGUCGAUGACUUUGCCAGCCCCGGGGACAUGGCGCAGUACCUGUGGGAGCUGAGCAGGGACGGCGAGGGAUACCAGCGCUACUUCCAGUGGCGCAAGUGGAUGAAACCCUCAGAGGGACCUGGGUGGGCUGUGCACGUCUGCAGAGCUUGUCACUUCUUGCAGACCACGGCAGCCAGGUACCGGGUUGUGCCCGAUCUGUCUGAGUGGUUCGUGUAACUGCUGUUUGCUCAGCUUUCUGCCGUGCUGCAAUCUUUUUGUCCUUGCUGGUGGGUCGCAAUUUCGCGAUUAAACUCGAUGGAAGUGGAGGGACAAAAGGAGCUUUGAAGCAAACAAGGACAAGGAAGCAAUUAGGUGUUUUUAUGUCUUUGUCUUGAGAACAGAUUGUCAGAUAGAGCAGUAGUACAUUGUCUUUUUUGUUGAUUAGUUACCUGAAAAACUUGUUUGCUGGCUGCAGCUUGGUCUUUGAAGAA